AUGGAGGACGAAGAGGGGUACAUGGCAUUAAACCUUCGUCCAAAGAUGACAACAUCAGACCGGCUGUGUCAACCUGGGACCCAAGAUCACCCUCAGGUGCCAUGCUGGCAUCGGCUCGCUCUGGGGCUGGGAGCAGCUGGGAUCCUCAUCCUGGCAGUUGCUGUGAUAGUGACGGGCGUUUGGAUUUCUCAGCUCAAAGGAUGUCUGAAUACACUGGAGAACAACAGUACCGGGGAGAGAAUCAUCCAUCAAUCCAACUGCAGCACUGGCCUAAAAGAUUUCCAUUUCCACUUGAAACAAUUUGUGUGUGAAUCAUCUCACAGCAACUCAGCAGAGGGAUCAGGGUGUAAGCUCUGCCCCCCAAACUGGCUGCUGCACAGGGACAAGUGCUACUGGGUGUCAAAAGAAAAAAAUCCCUGGGACAAGAGCCGCGAUGACUGUUCACGGAGGAGCUCUCGGCUGCUGGUGAUCCGGGACCAGGAUGAGAUGACAUUCAUUCAAACUGCUUCCAAAGACACAAACCAGAUCUGGCUUGGACUCACUGUUACAUCCCCCGUGAGGAAUUGGACUUGGGUGGACGGCUCCCUGUACAAUCAAACACUGUUCAAUGUACAGGAUCCUGCUGAAGGGAACAGCUGUGGGAUGAUAAAAGCACAUGAAAUUCAUUUUGAAACCUGCACUACUGUAUCUAAAUGGAUUUGUGAAAAAGACGCUCUCCAGAUAUAG